AUGGGUGUAUUUCAGGACGCGGCCAAGAGGGUAUCUUCAUUCAUUGAGAAUACCUGCGUCUUCAACAUGCCAGCUUAUCAUGACCAAGAAGCUAAAGCGGGCAUGGUGUUUUUUCACCGAAAGCACCCGGUCAAGCUUCAUGGAUUAAGCAUGCGGCAGCCCGAUCAGAGACAAUCCAGAAACCCCAGACAAAAGCCCAUCAGGAGAGUAGCAGUAAACAACAAACGGCCACGACAUGACGUACGUCAUCUAACUCGCCUACCUACGUUGGCGGGCUUGAUCCCUUUUCGCCAAGACGGGAACAAUCGUUUUGCGCAAGCAGCCGCAGCGCAGGACGACACAUCCCUUCUCUCUCGGAUGCGCACCACCAUGGGAACUGGAAAGUUUCAAGUUCUAGGAUUCGACCAAUGUCUGAGAUAUUCUGGCUUGGCAGGUUUUGGCCGCGUAGUUCAGAAAUGGUGCGGACGCAGCGGCGAGGCAUCGGACAAAACAGACAGACAUACUCGGUACACAGUAAGGGGGGAGCGAGUUGAGGUAGGCAUGUCUUGCUGCGAGACCCGCGAGUGUGGGCGGUGCAAGACAAACAAGCUAUUUCCUUCGGGACGGGCGAGUGGGCGGAAAGACGAACCUAAUCAUCGGUGGAUACACAGAGAGGAGGUGCCGCAGUGCUUGAUAUUGGAAUUGCAACCAAGAUUUUCAUCUGGGGACGCCGCGCACUCUCGGGCUGCGGACCGUCGUACGGCUGUGGGCUGUGGAAACGCGAUUGAGGCUCGGCCUGUGCCCGAGUCAUUUUCUAUCACGUUGAUUCCUGUCUCACCAGUGACCAACUCUGCUCGUGUACGCUUCUCGCUGCCCAUUGUCCUUUCCUCCCUGGUCACACUUUGGGCAGUGCUGGAAUGCUCGUUGAUGAGAGAGAAAACGUGUCUGACUGACCAUCUACUGGGCCCCGCCCUCCUCAGUGGAGGGAGAACAAUAGGAUUGUCCUUUUCGGACGCGGCUUUCUUCCCCGGUGAUGAAUGGGCAAGCACGACCCUGGACGGACAAUUCGGACGUAAUCAACAGAAAAUGGAUACUGUAUACAUAAUAGGUAAGAACUUGUGCGGCGGCCACUGGCAGUACGGAAAUGCGCGCGAUAAACAGAGCAGAAAAAGAGAGCACAAGCAGAAAGCUGAGAGGGGGGAGAUACCGGAGUCGCUCCGAGAUUGUGCAUUAUCCACAUGGAAGGUGGGAAUCUUACGGGUUUAUGGGUUCAUAACUCACGGGCCACCACGGUCCAUGGUCAUGGUCCGCGGGAGAGGUAGUGAUGGAGAAUCCGACGGGUGUCCCGGGCAGACGGUGGAUUCCAGCUACAUUUUGGCGGGCAGAGAGGCCAGGAAAGUCCACAGCAAGGCAGGGAUCCGUGGAUCAUGGAUUGAAGAGAGGGAGACUGAGAGAGAGGUACCGCGGAAACUGUGGAGAACAAGGUUGGGCUGCGAGAUUUUCGAGGAUCUUGUCAGCGAUGAAUGGGAGCCAGUCGUUUGCUGUAAGGCGGCUGGGCGGCUGGCGGCUGCGUUUACUUCAUUGGCGACAACGAAACAGCGGCUCGGGACAGGUUAUACGGAGACACCUGACAGGCUUGACUGGUGGGAUCUGGAGUGGGCUUCUUGGCAGGGCGUGACGCCUGGUCACCAACUGUUGAGAAGAGAAUGGGCCAGGACUUGGCUGGACUCUUGGAAUUUCUGGAUCUUGGUACACUGGAGAAACUGGAUCGAGGAGUUGCAAGUGGGAAAGGCUCAAGAGUUGAUACCUGGUGCCGGGACAUGCGUGGCUCUGGGUCCCUCGGCCCAGUUAUGUGUUUAUUUGCCUAAACGUUUUAACCUUACUGUGCUCGGUGUCAUUCCAGAACCCCUUCGCUGGUGCUUGAAUGGAUUAGCUAAUGCAUCUCAGCAGACAUUCGAUGCACUCUGUAAGGUAUGCACAGCAGCGUUUGAGGAGGCAAGUCAGGAGUUGAUUGACUUGUCUCUCCUCAAUCACGAUUGUUUCUUCUUUCCCCCUUCCGUGUUAACACAAGCACUCUCCAACCCCCUUCUCCAAAUUGUUCCCGCUACCCCUUGCGCCAAUCAGUCAACGAGACGAUCAAUCGACGCAGCCAAGCGAAACCUCUCGGGCGAUAGACAUCAGAAAGACGGGCAAGCUAGCCGGCCCAGCCCAUCCCAGCCUGCCUUCUUCACCUUUUCGAGACAAAGUGUCGUUGGUGUCUUGGUCAAACGGCCGAACUUGUGGCGGCGGAGGCGGAACUAA